CAGACGGUCGGUCACCCAUCCGGGAAUCCGUGGCGCCUCGAGUGACGUGUGCGGCGGUGUGGCAUGUUGCGCAGGGGAGCAGCAUGCCCGCGCGGGGCGGUGACCCAUGCAGCCGCAGCAGCCGCAGCAGCAGGGCUCGUUCCGCGUCACGCUGUCCAUCCGGAAGGAGCCCGAGGGCGGGCCCGUCUUCUGCAAGAUGGAGCAGACGCAGCGCUUCAAGCAGCUCAAGACGGUCAAGCUGCACACGGACACCACCUACCGCGUCGACGUCAGCUUCAAGCCGCCCCGCUCGCUGCACACGGCCUGCGCCUACUCCUCCUACUACACCACCGAAGGGCUCAAACCCAGCAAGAAGGGCACCCGCGAGGACCUCUGCAUCGUCAUGAAGUUCAAAUUCAAAGGUCCAACAUUUUAUUACAAAUGCCUGUUAAAGAAUAAUUCAAUUGAAAGGAAUUUAUUAGCUGGAUGUACAUUUUUUAAGAAGAGGCUAGUGGCUGAUUAUGCUUUAAGACUGACAUAUGAAAUUAUUAAAAUGUUUACUUUAGCAUAUAGAAUAUGCCUCUAUUUUAAUAAUUUUAAUGAUAUUCAAAGAAAAAAAUUGAUUUCUGCCUCAACAUUUCAAAAUAGAAUCAGAUUUGAAAAAGACUUUUUUGUAUGGUUUUUUAAUGUUAACCUUUUCUCCCUGCAGGCAAUGCUCAGGCAUAUGCAUAACUUUAGCACUUUUCCAUUUUUAAACAUUUUCCUUUUAAUAAGAAUAACUUCAUAUUUCAAAAAUUUGUUUAAUUUUCAAGGAAACAUCUUCAUGCAGAAGGCCUUAUUUACAAAAUACAUUCUUUUUCUAUAUGCUGUUAUUCUUAUCUUUUUUAAAAUUAUUUAUGCAACAAAUUCAUCUGUUCACAAUUUAACCCGUUUAUUUAAAAAAAACAUCCCAAAUUUACUGACCAAUUAUGCUUCCUUUCUAGAAAUGACAACUUGUGAUGCUCUAGUAACACAAAUUAAUGUGAAUGUUCUUUCAUUAGCUGUAAUUGCUUUGAUAAAAUGUAUCUUUUUCUCUGUGAAUAAGAAA